AAACUCUUUAUUUUAUUUUUUUUCGAAGAGUUAUUCAAUGGUGGCUCCACACCAAUUUCCUUGUGGUUUCCAACUCUAUUCCUAAAUAUUUGUUUCCCUUAUCAAAGUCCACCAUGUUUAUCUCCAACCACAAUGCUUCACCUUCAAACAACCUUCUUUUGAUCUAAUAUACCUUCUUUUGCCUAUGGUGAUCAUGGACUUGGAUUUUGAAAGACAUAGCAAAAGAAGAAAAACCAAGCUUGAAGAUGAUCCACAAACAACUGGAAUGGAGCUUCUACCGAGGGAGAUUGCUCAAGAUAUACUUUCAAGAUUGCCCAUCACUUCUUUGGUGAAAUUCAAGUGUGUAUGCCGAGCUUGGCGUGCCAUGGCGCUGGACCCUGAGGUUGUAAAUUUAUAUCUCUCUUGCUCAACUCAGGAAACAGAUCCUUGCGUAAUCCUUCACUGCGACUUUCCCAUCAGAAACAAUCUUUACUUCGUUGAUUUCGCUGCCCACGAAGAAGAAAAGGAGAAGGUGAAAAGAAUUCGAGCACCUUUUUCUUCUAUGAUGCCGGAGUUUGAAGUGGUAGGUUCCUGUAAUGGUUUACUAUGCCUAUCCGACUCGUUGUUCAACGAUUCUCUUUAUAUCUAUAAUCCUUUCACGGGCAGAUAUAAAGAGCUGCCAAAAUCCUUGCAGUAUCCUGAUCAAGAAGUGGUGUUUGGGUUCGGUUUCAAUCCCAAGACUAAUGAAUACAAGGUAAUUAGGAUUGUGUAUUAUAGGAAUGGGCAUGGCAGAUACCCUCGGUCACGUAGAAUCAUUUAUCCACUAUCACAAGUCCAAAUCUUAACACUAGGCUGCCCUGGAUGGCGAAGUCUAGGCAAAGUGUCAUACCGGCUAGUUCGCCGGGCAUCAGAGACCCUGGUUAAUGGAAGGCUUCACUGGGUUAGCCGACCGUGUAGAAACAAGCCUGCCCGCAGGCUGGUCUCAUUCGACUUGACCGAUGAGCAAUUCCGAGAAGUCCCGAAACCGGACUGCGGUGGCCUAAAUAGGUGCGACUAUCAUCUAGCGGUUCUGAGAGGCUGUCUCUCUGUUGCUGUUUAUUGCAAUUAUGGAAGACUGGAGAUCUGGGUCAUGAAGGAGUACAAUGUGAAGGAGUCAUGGGUUAAAGAAUACAAUAUUGGAGCGUACAUGCCAAAGGGUUUGAAGCAAAAUCUUGUCCGACCUCUGAAGAUAUGGAAGAAUGCCUCAAAUGGAAGGGCUGUUAGAGCUCUAUGCGUGUUGAAGAAUGGUGAAAUCCUGCUGGAGUAUAAGAACAGAGCUCUGGUUUCUUAUGACCCAAAGAAGGGAAAAUUUAAGGAUAUCGACUUACAAGGGACGCCAAAAUGGUUCCAAACAGUAGUUCAUGUGGGCAGCCUGAACUGGAUUGAUACUCCAAGUGACUAGCACAGCCAUGGAUCGGGUACUUCUCCCUUCGUGAGUUGAUCUCUCCUUGUCCUGAAACAAAAAAAAAAUCUGUUUCUGUUUCAAUUGUUCGCUUUUAUCAUUAGGUUCUCAUUAGACUAUCAAACCCCACACGCAUUUACAGACUCCAAUAAUCAAAGUAUAUUGGCGUGUAUGAAUAUUGAAUAUUAAUAUUGGAUCGAUUGCAAUGCAAGAGAAUAUUUAUGUCUCA